GCUUUGUACAAAUACUACGUUAAGCUGCGUGAUACAUUUUUCCACGAAUCAAUUUAAUAGGGUACAAAAAUGACAUGCGAUGCAGGCACGUGCCCCUUGCACAUUCUCCUAUGUAUUUUAUUACUUUUAAUCGAUACAACUCGAAGCCCGUAAUACGCAACGUUACAGUAUGCAAUAUUUCUAAAGAGUUUAACUACGAUUCAACGAAGUAGCCUUACUUCUACAAAAUUAAAAAUACUUCCAAACGAAAAUAUUUUCAUUAUUCACGAAUAAAAUUGGGUCACUGGAGAUAUUACCCAACGGGAUAAAAACAGGACAUUCUUACUUUGGCACAAAAUUAAAUAUAUAUUCAAAUAGAAAUGUUUCUAUCGCUAACGAACCGACUUUAUUUUAAUUAAAAAAUACAUUUUCAAAUAUUUUUCAUCUGCAUCAAAAGAUAUUUUUCUAAAAGAUAUAGAGGCCAAGAUAUCGAAUCGACGAGCACGUGAAUCUAUAGGUUUUACAUCUCCAGCAUCAUACUUUCGAAAAUUUGUAACCCACUGAGCUGUUCCUUCGAAAGUGGGAAGGAUUAAACGCGAAGGAUAUCGAAACACGAUUCGCAGUCAGCUGCAGAAUCAACGAAGGGAUCGAAGUGAAAGUGACAAUUAGCAAAGGUGAAUUGUGCCAGCCUUUUAUGAUUCCAUGGUGGGAUCUGGCCACGUUUGAGUUACUCGCAGGAGGUCGAGUGGUGCAGUUCCCUUCCAGUCAUUCUACCUCCAACACGAUCAUUUUUAAUUUUACGUCCUUUUCUUAUUAAUCUAAUCGUAGAGCGCAAGAGGAGCGUCAAAAGACGAACAUGAGCUUGAUCAAGAGGAACGUGACGUUUGGUACAUUGAUCGUGCUUUCUUUGGUGUUCGUCGUGUACAGUUUCCCUGACGGUGCACCGGUGGAUACUUGCGUGAAGCCAUCGAAAGCCAACGAACCUAAUCAUGGCCAAGCGAAGUCGCAGUCCGUACAAUCGAGUCCUUACGCUUUUACCGCCUCGUCGUCGCAAUACGGUCCUGGAUCUCAGAUUACUGUGACCAUCAGCGGCUCGUCGUUCAAGGGAUUCUUCCUGCAGGCACGUGACCCCGAUACAGACAACUGGAUCGGUUCCUGGGCGCAAACCGACAACACGAAUACCCACCCCGAGUGCAGUGCCGUGACACACGCCGAUCCUUACGUGAAACAGCACGCCACUCUUAUCUGGAAUGCGCCACCGAACGCCCGUGGACGCGUGUACUUCACAGGCACCAUUUUGAAGGAGUACGCGACUUACUGGUCCAAUCUGGUAGCCACAACGAAGAAUUGAAGAUCUCUACUAAUUUCUAAGUUCAAAAGUACUAUACUCUGGAACUAAUAAUCGUAUUCGAUUCUUCGAAAGAUCUUGCUUUUGCGUCGAAAGCAUAGUGAUUCAUAAAUGAAAGGAGAGAAGCGGUGACAUCGGAACGCCCAAGAGCAUCGUAAAAUACGAAGAAACAUGUAUUUUGUACUAUCUUGUAUAUUGUAUAUUGAUCUAUUUUAUUGUAAGAAAGAAAGAACGAUUUUAAAUAUAAAAUCACAAAAAUUCA